UACAGAGGAUGUGGCGCUGCGCAACGCUCUGACAGCACUAGCCUGAAAAGGCGAAUGGUACAGCGAAUUUUAUCAAAUACUCUCCAGGACUCUUCUUCAUGUAGUCUGCCAUAAAUUACCUACGAAAAAAGUGGCGAGUUUAAUUUCAGAGACGAAGACUAUGGACGAACAGCAAGCAGCGAUUUUGGAUCAGGGAAAGUAAAACAGACCAGGAAAAGGUGCCCUCUCUUUGCUUUGAGUCUGAUUAUCGGUCUGUCUGGUCUCCUGAUCUUCUGUGUCUGGUUGUCUGGUUCAGGCAAGCAGUGAUCUUCCACAGCAGACAUCUCCAGGGAUUGCAGGCCUUGGUCUGAGGAGGAGCCAUGGGGCCGGUACGGGCCUACCCAUUAGCCCUGCCUGUGCUGGCUGUUCUGGGCCUCAUUAUCAGCGCAUGGAGCCUCAACCCAGAUGACCCCAAUGUCUGCAGUCACUGGGAGAGCUACGCAGUGACUGUUCAGGAGUCCUACGCUCAUCCCUUUGACCAGAUCUACUACACCAGGUGCACCGACAUCCUCAAUUGGUUUAAAUGCACCAGACACAGGACCAGCUACAAGACAGCUUAUCGACGCGGGGUGAGGACCAUGUACCGUCGACGUUCUCAAUGCUGCCCUGGCUACUUCGAGAGCGGAGACUUGUGUGUCC